AUGAUGCCUUAAAAACAAGCAGAUGGAAGCAUAAUUCUUUUUCCAAAAUAAGAUCAUAAAUUUUCAUUAAUUUGGGUAAAUAUCAACAUUUUCCUUAUUAGAUGCAUGGAUUAGGAGAUACUGCUAAUGGAUUUUUAGAUAUGUUUUAACAAUAUUCAAUUGUUAAAUAAUAAACUAAAAUAAUUUUAUUAUAAGCUCCUAAUCGACCUGUCACUAUUAAUAAUGGAAAAUAUUGUUCAAGUUGGUUUGACAUUAAAGUAAUUAAAUCUAAUAUAGAAAAAAAUUAAGAUUUGGAUUAUUUUAAAACUGUAAAUAUAUUAAUAUGCAUAAUAAUAAGACUGUUUCUAUUGAUGAAAUUGAGGAAUCAAAAAAAAUUAUAAUAAUGAAAUAUUUAAAUGAUGAAGUUCAAAAAGUUUCAGCUCAAAAUGUAUAAAUUGGAGGAUUUUCAUAAGGUUGUUGUAUGGCAUUAGAAGUUGGUUUGAGUUAUUCUUAAACUCUUGGAGGCAUAGUUGGUUUAUCUGGAGAUUUAUUUCCUAUUACUAAACUAUAAUAAACUUAAGAUAAAACUCCUCUACUAAUUAUUCAUGGAAGUGCUGAUAAAAUAGUUCCUUGUGAUUUUUUUAUCAAAAACUCUUGA